AUGACAAACACACUACACAAUCCAUCCACCGUCGACAUUUCUGUCGCUUCGUCUCCUAGCAAUCUUGACGAUGUUCCCAAGUUAUUGAGGGAAAUCAAAGAAGAUGUCGAACGCUUGAGUACUGACUCGGAUGACAUUCGCAAAGACGCUCUCUUCAAGUGUCGGAAACUAUUUCAGGCCCUAUCCACCCCUCGAGAGAUCAUGGCCGAUCACUGUUGGGGUCAGAUAGGGGCCAUGAUGGCAGUAGGAUUUGGCGUGGAAUCUGGAUUGUGGGUCUUGAUGGCUCAAAAUGGAGAUAAAUUCCAGAAAGUUCCAGACCUGGCCUCGAGCCUCGAGAUUGAACCGAAACUUCUCAGUCGGCUCCUGCGCCACCUCAGCGCUAUGGGCCUGCUGAACGAGGUCGAUGAGGACGAGUUCCAACCCACAAAUUAUACCAAAGCCCUCAGUCUCCCUCAGAUUGGGAAUGGAUAUCUCGGGCUUGGCGGCUGCCUAAAAUUCCAUGAAUUCUCUCGGAAGCGUCGUUGGACAAAUCCAACAAACCCUGAGAACACAUCUCUGAUGUAUGCGUAUGGCACUGACAAAGACUUGUUCACCUGGGUGAACGAUUUAGGUUAUGGGAAACACUUGAAUGAUUACUUAGGCGGCUACAAUCUCGGUCGCCGGUGGUGGACGCAUCCUGAUGUUUAUCCAGUGAAGGAGAGGCUCAUUAGUGGCUCCAAUCCUAGCCCAGAUGCAUCUUUUCUCGUGGACAUAGGUGGCAACGUCGGCCAAGAUCUGGCAAGGUUCCGUGCCGCAUAUCCAGAUGCACCGGGGAAGCUCAUCCUGCAAGAUUUGCCCAUGAUGAUUCGCCAAAUCAAGGAUCUGGAUCCGGCUAUCAUGCGUAUGGAGUAUGACUUUCGGGAAGAGCAGCCUGUUAAAGGCGCUCGAGCCUACUACAUACACUCUACUCUACAUAAUUGGUGCGACGAUGUGUGCGAAAUACUACUCAAGCGUGUUAAGGACGCUAUGAAACCCGGGUACAGCAGGCUCCUGAUCAAUGAAUUUGUUGUGCCGGAGACCGGGGCCCACUGGGAAAUCACCGGGCUUGAUAUGAUGAUGCUGGCGCUGUUUUCCUCCGAACAGCGUACUCGAGCAGCGUGGUAUGACCUGGUCGAGAGAAGGGCUGGUCUGAGGAUCGUUCAGAUCUGGAGUGCCGGUGCUGGGGUGGAAAGCGUGAUUGAGUGCGAAGUCGCUGAUGGCGAGGGAGAGGCAUGA